AUGCUUUUGAGGCUUUUCUCAGGUGCGGAGAAUCAAAAGAUUGCCGUGGUAGAAGAAGCUAUGGCUGUAAGCCUUUUGAAACACAGUCAGUCAUCAGCAAAAGCUUAUUUAUCAGACAUCACAUUACCUGAAGAAAGAUCAGGUGUAUUUGGUUGGUUCAAUGCAUUUGGAAGUUUUGGUUUCAUAAUCUCACCCAUAAUUGGUGGUACUGUUGCUAUGCACGACAAUGGAUACUUCAAGGUAUCACUUUUGAGCUGUAGCGUGUAUUUGUUUGCUAUAAUAUUUGUAUGGUUUGUCUUUGAUGAAAAUAAAAUAAAGCUGGAAAACUCCUACAUGGAUAAAAAAGUUGUGGAAGUGUUGGAGGGUGAUGAGAAGGUUAAUAUGAAUCAUAACAGACGUAAAAAGUUUGAAAUGGAAAGUGACUUGGUUAAUGACAAACAGAAUGACAAAGAGAAAUCAUUUUUCUCCAGAAUUGUCAAUGUUGUUGCUGUUUCAUCAAUUGUGAGCGUUUUUGACUUGUUGCUGAUACGCAUCAUUAUGGCUCUAGGUAUGUUAAUAUAUCGUAGUAAUUUUACUGCUAUGUUGGAUUAUCGUUAUGGUGUAAAUGCUAAAACAACAGGCUACAUUAUAUCCUAUGGUAGUAUUGCUGGAGCAAUAUCUGGUAUGUCAGUGGGCUCUAUAUAUAGUUACAUACAAAGUGAUGUAAAGAUGAUGUCAAUUGGUGGUAUUUUAAUGAUGUCAUCUUUAUUUGGGAUAGCGAUGUCACCAAGUAUUUAUACAGUACUCAUAUGUAUGAUACCAUUGGCUCUCUCCAGUGCCAUAAUGAGAGUUAAUUCGUACAAUCUAAUGUUAAAGCGUGUCAAACCAAAGGAAAAAGGUGCCGUCAUGGGUAUCGCGGACUCACUGACAUCCAUUGCAAGAAUGUUAUCACCAGCUAUUGCAGGUUUUGCUGAAGAAGUUAGUGCUAUUGGACCAUGUUGGAUUGCUACACUUUGUGGCUUCAUUGGUGUUGUAAUUAUGUUGAAUUUAAAACAGGAUGAUGAUAGACGUGAGAAAAUUGAAUAA